CAUUGCUUGACAGGUUGUUGGGUUCGGUACUUCGGUGUUCUCGUUGUCCGCGGCUCUUAGUCACUCGUGAAGUGGAUUCGACUGUUAGAGUGUCGCGUCGUCAAGGCUCAUCCUUAAGAGUGAUAUUAAACACGUCGAUCAACAUGUCGCAGCUUGCAGGAGCGGUCAUCUUGCUGUGUUUGCAGGCAGGGCUCGUUUACGGGACCGAUUGCAGCUUGGGAACGAGCAACGACUUCCUGGACAAGAUCACGAAGACGUGCCCGAUUCCGAUUGUCGGCGACCCGUCCAAGUCGUAUUGCUGCUACGAUUUACCUAACGAAAAAUUCUACUGCUGCGACGCCACGGAGUUUGCGCUGAAAACUGGCCUUGGUCUCGUGGUGCCCUUAACAAUUACGAUAGCUGUGGUCGCUGCGUUGAUAGCCAGUUGCAUAUGCUGCUUGUGCUGCAAAUGCUGCCCAUGGUACCGACGGCGUCAUCGCGGCACCGUCUAUGGAAUGUUUGUUACAGAAGUUCAGGCACCUAAUACUGUGCAUAUAGUUCAGACUCCAGCGGUGAACGCACCACCGAGCUACGCCAGCCAACAACAUCCGGCUCAGAAUCACUACGUGCCGUAUCCAACGAAUCCAGCAGGUUUCCCGCAACAUCCACCGCCGCAGUACAGCAGCAGCGAAGCGUACGCCAAGCAGGCUCCCUACAACCCCACCUACCCUCCGCAGUGAUCUUCUUGAACUUAUAGUGAGACAUGUUGGAACAUUGCGGAUGAUAAACUUACGAGGUUCCUUCCUUUCGUCCGCUCGAUGGUGCGAUCCUCCGCCAUGUGCGGAAUGGCAGACUCGAAGGGUCAUCAGUCGUGUUGGGGAGAGUGCGUCGUGUUCAUUCACCGUUGUAUUUCAACAUGCGGCUAAUCCAAACCGCGCGUCAUCUCCGACCUAGCCAUAUUCUCUCGCACAAUUUUUAUCGCUCGGCCAACGUAGAGCCGUGGGAGUCUGCUCGCUCCAUUGCUCGGCGUGGCGAUACCUGACGAUAUUUUUUUUAUUUUGUUACCCGUUUACACGUAUUUGUUAUAUACACAUAUAUGUACAUAUAUAUAUAUAUAUCCUGCCGUAUUUCGAGGAAUAUUUUGUACGCCAAGCAGCGGAGCAGCAGAGACAGUUGAAUGAAGAAUGACGACAGAAGAGUUCGAGACACGAGACAGAGAAAAAGGAAACGUGGGGGAGAAGGACUGAACCGUCCAGCUUGUGCGGCACUGGAACGUAUAAUCGUCGAGUUCGCCGGGUCGAUAAGAAGCAAAAAUACUCCCGACAAAGAUCUAUUCGCUGUUGUAAAUAAAGUGAGAUUUAGCGUGCAAAUGA